AAACACCAUCUUGGCAACAUGAAGGUUUAGAAUGACGUGAGACAAAUAUACGCGGGUUUCCGUCCUUGGGGCUUAACUGUCUCAUGGAGUUCAGACUUCUGGAGGCUGCAAAGAAAGGGGAUAUAGGAACCACAAGAAAACUCCUCAGGAAUUUCCCCGAUGUAAACGCACGCGACGAAGUCGGAUGCAGUGCUCUGUCUCACGCGGCCAAAGGUGGUCACUUUGAAGUUGCCAAAUUGCUGAUAGAAGCUGGAGCUGAUGUCAAUAUUAUAGAUGGGGCCCAAGUCACACCGCUGCAUUUUGCUGCGGCAGGUGGGAAAGUUGAGGUGGUAAAGCUUCUGAUACUGUCAGGUGUGAACAUACAUGCCAAGAACAAAGAUGGUCUUUCACCGAUGGCCUUUGCUAAAUAUGACACAGAAACAAUGGAGAUCCUUCAAGACGCCAUCGGUGGAGUCAUGCCAGAGAUUGAAGAAUACAGUGAGGUGCCCAUCAUUCCCGACUUCUCAAUACCAGCCGAGAAGGUGAAGAAAAAGAAAGAUGGCAAAAAAGGCAAGAAAGGGAAGAAAGGAGGGAAAGGAAAGAAGAAAGGAAAAAAGAAAGGGAAGAAAAAGAAGUAGUCUUGUUUUUAAACAUGUUUUUAUGAAGGGAUCCAUGGCAAUAAUAUCAUUUUAAUAAUUCAGAAGUUCUUUCAAUAAUGCAUUGAUUACUACAGUAUAGGGGUAUAUGUGCAUGUAAAUUUGAUGACUAGAAGCAUAUGAUGUUAAAUACCUACUAGUACAUAUUUAGUAUCUUAAAUUUUACAAAUCACAGGAGACCAGUUCUCAUUAAUUCAGUAAUCAGCCGUAACUUUUUCCUUUUCAUGACUAAAUUGUAGACUAAAUUGAUUGGGGUAUACUGGCUCCCUGGUUCACAUAUAUUAUGCAGCUUACUGUACCAUGUAAUUAUUUCAAGUAAUUCUUGUGAUUUUAAUUUUAAGAAAUUUCAUUCAAAGAAUCAACAGAGUAAAUGAAAAACAUUCUGAUCAUGCAUCCCAAAAUUGAAUCUAAUUUGACGCAGUUUAUUUGUUAUAAAGAAGCAUAGCGUGCACUGUGACUUAUUUUCAGUUAUGCACUUGUAUAAUUCUAAUAUGGGGACUGAGAAUAGUUAAAUUGGGCAAAUCAUGCGAACUACUUGAAGUUAUAUUGAACAAGCUAUAAGUAUAUUCAGGUUUUCUGUACCUUGUAGAGGUGAUAUUUAUUUUGACAAAUACAGUACAUGUAAUUUAGAGUUAUUUUAAUGUGUUAAAACAAAACUAACAUCACCUUAGGGUUAUGUCUAGGCUCUGGACUGCUUGAGAGCUUUAAUAUUUUAGGAUGAUAACUGCAUUGAAAAGGAACUAUUUUAAAUUAGAUUGGCGUUUAUGUUUAUUGUGUCAGGAUGGACAUCUUUUGGAAGUCCCCUUUUCUACGCAUUUGCUGACAUUUCUAUACGCAACCUCAUUUUUGAUUUUAUGCUGAAGAUGUAUUUUCACUUGUUAAUGUUACACUUUUGAGAAAUAUUUUUGAUAUUUGAUUGUUAAUCAUAUUUGUCCUA